CAGAAGCGGCACCCGAGCUCCGCCCGCGAGAGGCGGGCAGCGUCUCCGUCCCGCCCCGGGAAAGCAGCUGCGGACGAUGGCGGAGGCGGCUGCAAGCGGGCGAGCGCCCCGCUUCUUCCAGCGGCUGCCCAAAGUGGAGCUCCACGCCCACUUAAAUGGCUCCAUCAGCGCUGCCACCAUGAAGAAGUUGAUGGAGCAGAAGCCACACCUUUGCAUCCGAGAGGAAAUGGUGGCGAUUGACAAGGGGACGAAAAGGACUCUAGAAGAAUGUUUCCAGAUGUUCCAGUUCAUACACCAGAUAACCAGCAGACCGGAAGAUAUAUUAAUGGUAACCAAAGAUGUUAUUCGGGAAUUUGCUGCAGAUGGAGUCAAAUAUCUCGAAUUAAGGAGCACGCCCAGGGAGGAGAAAAGCUCAGGCAUGACCAAACGAACAUACGUGGAAGCUGUCCUUGAGGGCAUCAAGCAGUGUCAGGAAGAGGGAUUGGACAUAGAUGUAAGAUUUCUCGUAUCUGUGGACAGAAGCAAAGGGGCCAUUGCUGCCAAGGAAACCGUGAAGUUGGCAGGAGACUUUCUGCUCUCCACCGAUGGUGUGGUCCUUGGUCUGGACCUCAGCGGAAAUCCAAAAGCGGGACACAGCCAGGACUUCUUGGAGCCUCUUCUGGAAGCCAAGAAAGCUGGAUUGAAGCUGACGCUGCAUCUGUCAGAGAUCCCAAAGCAGGAAGACGAAACCCAGCUGCUUCUGGGUCUUUGCCCGGACCGAAUCGGACACGGGACGUUCCUUCAAACAUCAGAAAUGGUCACACAGGAUCUGGUCGACCUCGUGAGGCAAAACAAGAUACCUCUAGAACUCUGCCUGACGUCCAACCUGAAAGCCAAGACGGUGCCCUCCAAGGCUCAACACCAUUUUGGAUUCUGGUACCGCCUGGGUCAUCCCGUAGUCCUUUGUACGGACGAUAAAGGCGUUUUUGCCAGUGAGCUGUCCAGGGAGUACCAGCUGGUGGCCGAGACCUUCCAGUUGUCCGACGAGCAAAUCUGGGCGCUCUCCUCCCAGGCCAUCGACCACGUCUUUGCCUGCGGCCACACGAAGACGAAGCUGAAGGAGCGAUGGCGGACGCUGAAGCCGGUCCUGCUGAAGGAGCUUUCUUGAGAGCACCAGGACACCCGUUGUAGGAUUCGUGGAGGGUUGGCUGGGCAGGGCCGGGUCCUGAAAGGGAGAAUCCCAAAAUUUUUCUACGGAUCCACCUGUGGAACAUCCAGGUAGUCCUUGAGUUACAACCGUAAUGGAUCCGGCACGCUACAGCCUCCCACUGUGGUUUUACCUGUCUCCUGAGUCCUGUCAAUGAUCAUUGCUCCCCGUUGUUUGAUUGCUUCUCUCAUGUAACCGUAAUUGUCUACAAUCUCGAGGAGAAGAAAUAAAUUAAUUUCCUCGUGUUGGGGGAAGAGCCAUCUUUUUAAAACAAGUUGCUUAAAUAAGAGAAACGGGCACCACCAAGGUAGACAUUUUUGGUGCUUCUUCAUUGAAUAAUCCUGGUGGGAAGGAGACAGCCCAAGCUUUGAAGAAGUCCUUCAAGGAUUCUUCUGCUUCUGUUUAAAUCUAUCCAUCCAUCAUGAGAUGAGGCGGGGUAAAGCAUUAAAGGUAAAGGUUCCGCUCACACAUAUGUGCUAGUCGUUCCUGACUCUAGGGGGCGGUAUUCCUCUCCGUUUCAAAGCCGAAGAACCAGUGCUGUCCAAAGACAUCUCUGUGGUCAGCAAGACUCAACGCCAAAGGCGCAUGGAAAGCUCUUACCUUCCCACCAAAGCUGGUCCCUAUUUUUCUACUUGCAUUUUUUUCGGGCUUUCGAAAUCGCUAGGUUGGCAGAAGCUAGUACAAGUCACGGGAGCUCACCCCGUUAUGCAGCACUAGGGAUUCAAACCGUUGAACUGCCGACCUUUCGAUCGACAAAUUCAGCAUCUUAGCCACUGCGUCCCUUGGUAAAGCUUUACCUUGUAACAAUACCGGGUUCAUGUUUGGAUCCUCCAUUACAGAACCAGGUCAAAGAAAAUGACGCCUCAGAGCCAUGGUUAGUUACAAUGUGGUGCCAAAUGUGGGCUGUUGAGGAUCAUUCUAUGUGCAACCUUCUGCUCAAGCAGAACCUUUGCAGCUAGAACAUCCUAGAAAGAGGCUCUACUUCUGCAGGGGCAGCCUUAUUCUCCAACUCAACCAUGUUUGUCUUCUAAUGCAGUGUUUCUCAACCUUGGCCCCUUGGAGAUUUGUGGACAUCAACACAUCCUGAAGUCAUGGCUGGUUGGGGGAUUCUGGAAGCUGACGUCCACCCAUCUUCAAGGGGCCAAGGCUGAGAAACACUCAUCUAACAUUUAGCCCAAUAUAGCUGAAUCUUCCCAGUGUUGUCUAGUCAUCUAGACUUGGAACAGUCUUCUCCAACGUGGAGCUUCAGAGGUGUGGACCUCCAUCUCCCAUCACUCUUAACCAACGUGACUGAGAAUUCUGGGAAUUGAUGUCUGAGGGAUCUAUUAUUGAGGAAGACUGCUCAGCUGCUUCUACAGGUUCAAGAAGAGAAGAUGGAGAUGGGAAAAGCCGGACUUACAGGACUGGGAAAAUAGAGACACGGAGGUCUAUCGGAGGUGUACUCAGGAGCAAUGGCAUAAGGAGGGAUAAGUGGUCUACAAGAAACAAAACAACGACAAAACCCCAAAGGUCCGUGAGAUGUUAAAUUCCCUCUCUUUUUCACCAGAAUCAAUAAAUACGGACAGUCCCACCAACCCAAAAUCUAACAAGAAAUCCCAAUCACGAUCCCACCCAGCCCACCCAAGGCUGAAUUAGCCGAGAUAUGAAGCCUGGCCACCAAAUUAAGCCAUUUUCUGCAUUCCCACAACAUGUAGGACCAUCAACAAACUCAACACAUGCGUUGGAUGUCGGCAGGGGUCUCCAACUGUGGCAACGUUUAAGACUUGUCGACUUCAACUCCCAGAAUUCCCCAGCCAGCCAUGUAAUAAGCCCCACCCCCAACAGAUGCAACUCUAACCUGUAGCAGCAGUAAGCCAUCUCGUAUCCAAACCAGGCCUUGGCCGGCCCUAUAUUUGAGUUAGGAUGCUGUGUGGGUGUGUAUGUGUAUGUCCACCCCAUUGCUAAGAGCAGUGAUCUCACAAUGGAUUGUACCUAUAGCUGCCUAGCCAUUGUGGCAUGAGAUAUUUACCACCAUGGGCUGGGGGAUUAUAUCUCUACUAAAGCACACAUUUCUGAAAUUUAAAUGACUGAAAAAACCUGAAUUCUACCAUUUUCCAUGGGGUGUCUCCCUUUCCUUUCCUUUCCUUUCCUUUCCUUUCCUUUCCUUUCCUUUCCUUUCCUUUCCUUUCCUUUCCUUUCCUUUCCUUUCCUUUCCUUUCCUCUCCUCUCCUCUCCUCUUCCGUCUUCCCUUCCCUUCCUUUCCUAUCCUUUCCUUCUAUCUUUCCUUUCCUUCCCUUUCCUUCUAUCUUUCCUUUCCUUUCCUCUCCUCUC